GUUUUUAUAAUAAUAAAAUGGAAAGUACUACUAAAGCUAUUGAAGAAGAGAACACACAAAAAAUCUGCUUAGAGAAGUCUGUCCUGGCAGAAACCAAGGAGCAAGAGGUCACCACAUGCCAGAGCAUCCUCUAUAAGGUUCUUCCAGAUGAAAGAGUUGAGCAAUCGGAUCCAGACUCCGAAGAAGUUUCAAGAAGCAGUAGACUUUACAUUUGGUUGAACCAAACCUGAGAUGAAAAACUGUUGAAAAGUUUGAAGAGUCUUAAGGUUUUUGAUAUAGAUUGCCUUGCUUUGUUUCGGAUUGCUUCUAAAAAUAAGCGUUUUGUUUUAAAUUUCUUACAAUCCUCAUUCCCAAAUAAAAUUAAGAGUCUCGAUUUUGGGUCCAGUGGCCAAAUGGAUCUGAAAAGGUGCAACUACUUAAACUCCCUGACCACACUCAGCUCAAAAGUCGUUCGAGAAAUUAACUUUAGACAAUUCAGCAUCGGCCUGCCCCAACUCAAGAGGCUAGUGGCAGCUUUCAGACAUGUGAGAACUUUGUGAUUGGGACAUUGCAGGCUAUCUAUCCCAAGUGUUCCUGAUUUGUCAAAGGCUCUGAAGAAUUGCCAAAUCCAGGAAAUAAAUUUACAAGGAUCAGGAAGCCCGGAUUGAAGUGAUUGGGAGAACAACUUAGAUGAAUUUGAGAACUUGGUACAAGGGCUAGCAAGUUCUCUAGAUUUAAAAUUGAGUCUUGAAAAAGUAUUUGUUACUGCCUGCGGAGUAACCCAAAAUAAAGUUGAACAAGUCUUUGAAGAAAACCAGCUUGGAGAAGUUAACAUAAUUGAUUAUAGAUAAAUUUUG